AUGGGAGCAAACACCUCCAGCAAGUCGCUGCCCUUCGGUGAGAAUGAAGAAGUCACCUUCGACCAUUUUGAGAUACUGCGAGCGAUUGGGAAGGGCAGCUUUGGAAAAGUCUGUGUCGUACAAAAGAAUGACACCAAGAAAAUGUAUGCCAUGAAAUACAUGAACAAGCAGAAGUGUGUGGAGCGUAAUGAAGUGAGGAAUGUCUUCAAGGAGUUGCAGAUCAUGCAAGGCCUGGAGCACCCCUUCCUGGUUAAUCUCUGGUACUCAUUCCAAGACGAAGAGGACAUGUUCAUGGUGGUAGACUUGCUGCUCGGAGGGGACCUGCGGUACCACCUCCAACAGAACGUGCGAUUCCAGGAAGGCACUGUGAAACUGUUCAUCUGUGAGCUGGUGUUGGCCCUCGACUACCUCCAGAGCAGACACAUCAUCCACAGGGACAUCAAGCCUGACAACAUCUUGCUGGACGAGCAUGGACACGUGCACAUCACCGACUUCAACAUUGCCACAAUGCUGACUAAAGAAACUCAAGUCACCACAAUCGCUGGCACAAAGCCGUACAUGGCACCUGAGAUGUUUAACUCUACAAAACCCAUCGGCUAUUCCUUUGCUGUGGACUGGUGGUCACUUGGAAUCACUGCUUAUGAGCUGCUCAGGGCCCGGAGGCCGUAUCACAUUCGCUCCAACACUUCCACAAAUGAAAUUGCUCACGUAUUUAAGACUGCUACAGUGAUGUACCCUGCUGCUUGGUCUGAGGAAAUGGUGAUGCUGAUCAAAAAGUUGCUCGAGACAAAUCCUGAUAAGCGUUUUUCUCAGCUGAAAGAUAUCCAGGACUUUCCCUAUCUGUCAGAUGUAAACUGGAAUGCUGUUCUCCAGAAGAGGAUAAUGCCAGAAUUCAUUCCUACGAAAGGAAGACUGAACUGUGACCCAACCUUUGAACUUGAAGAGAUGAUCCUGGAGUCCAAACCUCUUCACAAGAAGAAGAAGCGCCUGGCUAAGAAGGAGAAAGACAUCAACAAAAGCAAUUCCUCACAGGCCUGCCAUCUUCAAAAGCAUCUAGAGACACUCCAGAGGGACUUCAUUGUUUUCAACAGAGAAAAGGUGAGACACCAGCACAACGAGAUCCAGCAGCAAGCAGCGCUGGCCAAGUGCAGAGGCAUGCACAAGGACAGCCAGAACAACAACCUCUGAGAACCACAGCCCUGGCAGCAGGAAGCUCUGGGACCGCCCCUGUAGCUUGCCACCAUUCACUAGAAGCAGCCCAUGAAUUUGCCUUCCAUGACAGCAGCAAUGUGACUGCGUGAGAAGGGUGAGCUGCUCAGCACUCUUCCACUGGGGUUGGCCAGUUGGUAUC